CCUGUUGCUUUGCGCGGCCGCGUCUUCGCGAAGGUCCUGUGCACCGCUGUUCUCGGGGCCUUUCCUGUGUGCGCCCUGGGCCCAGCUGCUACCAUGAGCCGGCCUAGCCGGCUGCAGAGGCAAGUUCUGAGCUUGUACCGCGAGCUGCUGCGCGCCGGGCGCGGGAAGCCCGGUGCCGAGGCGCGAGUGCGCGCGGAGUUUCGGCAGCAUGCCUCCCUGCCGCGCUCCGACGUGCUGCGUAUCGAGUACCUGUACCGCCGCGGGCGGCGCCAGCUGCAGCUGCUGCGCUCGGGCCACGCCACUGCCUUGGGUGAGUUCGUGCGCCCGCGGGGUCCAGCCGAGGAGUCCGGCGCGGGGGCCGCAGGGACCCAGCCUGACAAUGUCAGUGGUCCGAGGAAUCCCCUCGACGGCAUGGGGUCACCAGAGACCUCUCCCAUGGACGGUGACCGGACGAGGAGUUUACCCGGUAGCGCAGGGGAACCGGGGGCCCGCCUGACUGCGGGGGGGGAUCGGGGAACCUGUCUGAUGAAACGUGAGAAGUCUUAAGAUCAGCUCAAUGGAUUGGGGGAUCGGAGAGCCCUCCUAGCGACGUGGAGCCCCAGAGACCCCCGUGAUAGAUGGUGACAGUUGACCGACCUUGUGUGAUCCGUGAUAACAGAUCGAACUCUCAUGAGGGUUUGGAGCGGCUUUGUUGCCGGCUGGCUGAACUGUGUCAAGCAGAGAGCUACUUACCCGAAAGCUUGGGGAGCCAAGACGCCUGCCAUCGGACAGAAAGGGACAUCCUUCUAUUUACCCGUGGCUCCCCUCUCCUGUAUUUAACUCUGAGAAGAGCAGAUUUUUUGCUGAGAAGUUUGGGAAGAUACCCUGAUGGAUGGUGAGAAGCCCUAAAUCCCCUUUGGAAAACUUUCUUCCCGUUAAUUGUGGCAAACUAGGACCUGUGGGGAAAGGGCUGGGUUAUCUUACCCCAUUUGAUCAACUGAAGACCCCUUAAGACAACCUAUACUUGAUGGUUCUGAGGGGGAACCCUGCCUCCUGGGCCCUUCUCUCAGGACUGUUGAAUAAAAGGAAUAAAAUUGGAGAUGUGAUUACUUCCCUCUUA